UGGACGCCGGCCCAGGGAUGAGAAUAAUCGACGAGCCGAGGCCGAAGGGGGCAGCGUGCGAUGGCAGCGGCCCGCGUGCGCACGAUGUCCCGAUUGCUGCUCCACGGUGCUGGGACGGCUCGUGACGGCGGCGGCGGCUUGGCGAGGCCCUCUUCCAGCAGUGGAUUGAUCGUGACUCACGCUGGUGGAGGAGGAACAGCAGCAGGAGGAGGAAGCAUGGAGCAAAGAGACGCAGACUCGCACGGGAAGAUGGAGGCUGAAAAACCCCGUUAUAAUACUACUACUAAUAACACAAAGACUGCGGUGGAGUUCCUGAAGACCUACAAGAAGCUGCUCAUCGUCGUGCUGGUGCCCUUGCUGGCGCUGCCGCUGCCCAUCGCGCUGCCCUACUCGGAGGCGCACUGCGGCUACGUGCUCAUCAUCACCGCCGUCUUCUGGAUCACCGAGGCGCUCCCUCUGCCCGUCACGGGCUUCGUGCCGCUCUUCCUCUUCCCGCUGCUCGGGGUCGCCAAGUCCGGCGACGUGGCCAUGCAGUACUUCAAGGACGCCACCUUCCUCUACCUGGGCGUCAUGUUCAUCGCGGCCGCGAUCGAGUACUGGAACCUCCACCGUCGCAUCGCUCUCCGCAUGAUCAUGCUCGUGGGACUCAGGCCCAUCUGGCUGAUGCUGGGGUUCAUGGGGACCUCGGCUUUCCUCUCCAUGUGGAUCAACAACAGCUCGACCACGGCGAUGAUGAUUCCCAUUGUGGAGGCGGUGCUCACCACGCUCUUGGGCGCCAAGGAGAGCGUCGCCAAGGGGUGCGAGGACGGCGCCACGCACGAAUCAAGCGGCGACGACAAAAAGGACGCGGAGCCCUUGCCCGCAAAGGAAGACGUCGCUACGCAGGGCGACUUCAACGUCUACGAAGUCUCCACCAGCGACGUCGACGACGACGACGCUGACGGAGGCGCUGCCGGUGGCGUCGUCGUGGUGGACAAAGACCUCGAGGCGGACACGAACGCCGCCUCCAAGGAGAGUCGGAGAGACGACCUCAUGGCCCGCGGCCUGUCGCUGAGCAUCGCGUACGCGGCCAACAUCGGCGGCGUGGCCACGCUCACGGGGACCUCCACCAACCUGGUGUUCGUGGAGCAGAUGGAGCAGAAAUACCCCGACUGCAACUGCAUCAACUUCGGGUCGUGGAUGGCGUUCGCGCUCCCCUGCGCCAUCAUCUUCGUCUUCAUCGCGUGGUUCUGGAUCGCGUGGAUGUUCGUGGGUUUCCAGGAUCUGUUUUCAUGCAAGAAGAAGAGGACGUCGAACGAGAAGAGGGCGGAGAAGCUCAUCCGCCGCGAGUACGAGAAGCUGGGCAACACCAGCUACCCCGAGGCAUGCGUCCUCUUCGUCUUCGUGCUCAUGGCUCUGCUGUGGCUCACCAAGGACCCCGGAUUCAUGCCCGGCUGGGCCACCAUCUUCGGGCACUACAAGUCGUUCGUGUCGGACACCACGGUGGCCGUGACCGUGGGCUUCCUGCUCUUCGUGUGGCCGUCCCACACCCCCUCCUGCAUCCAGCACUACUUCCCCGGCCCCCCGAUUGAUCCAGACAAGCCCCCCGUGAUUCACCCCGCCACGCUCAUGGACUGGAAGACGUUCAACCGCGGAAUGUCGUGGGGGGUCUGCUUUCUCAUCGGGGGGGGCUUCGCCCUCGCAGAGGGGGCCGAGGUGUCUGGGCUGUCCACGUGGAUGGCGGCCCAGCUGGAGCCGCUCAAGGUGCUACCCGGCUGGGCCAUCUCCAUCAUCUGCUCCAUGUUGAUCUGCGCCUUCACGCAGUGCGCCAGCAACCUGGCCACGGUCACGCUCUUCCUGCCCAUCCUCUCCUCCCUGGCGGAGGCGAUCUCCGUGAACCCCAUUUACCUGAUGCUCCCCGCCACCAUGUGCGCCACCUUCGCCUUCGUGCUGCCCGUCGCCACCCCUCCCAACGCCAUCGUCUUCUCGUACGGACGCAUCAAGGUCAUGGACAUGGUCAAGUCUGGCGUGGUGCUCAGCUUCCUUGGCGUCGGUCUCGUGGCGAUGGCCAUGAACACGUGGGGUGUCCCCCUUUUCGACGUCCUCAACUACCCCGAUUGGGCGCCCAACCGCACGCAGCCGUCCCCGUCGCUCACCACGAUCACCCCGACCUCGCUGUUCCAUCUCUGAGCCCCAGCCUAGAGCCGAGCGGGUCGAGGGGGGGCUGGAGGAGGUGGAGGGGUGGACACUCUGCACACUUGGUCUCCUCUUCCCUCAAGAAGAGGAGGAGUCGUAGCAGGAGGAGUACACUUCCUUACUGAGCCCCCUCCUACUCCAGCUUGAACACGCACUUCUUUAAACUGCUUGCUGUUUAGUUUGUUGUCCUUCCACCGCACCACCGUCUAACACGGUUGGCUGCGUACGGUGCGAAAUAAGUUCACCAUACGUACGUACAAGCAGAGGUGGAGGAGGAGCAGGAGGAGGACACUUCCUUACUGAGCCUCUUCCACUCUCUCGGUGGACACUUAUGGCUUCAUGUCGAACCAGUCAGUGGCACAACAAAUACAGUUCAGUACCCAGCACACCACAUCGGGUAGACAUCUCGCUACGGCUGCGGCUGCUUGCCACGCGCGUAUUCCGGGUCUCCCAGCAAUCUGGACAAUAGUCCGUGAGAAAUUAAGCCCUGGUCACGAACCAUGACGCCUCGAACUGGCAAUCACAGAUUGCAGAUGAUUGAGCAGCUUUGGAUAACUGGGCGAUUGUUUUCCCCCAGGUUGUGCAAAUACAUCCUGAUGAAGGGCAACUUAAAAUCGCAAGGAAAUCAUUAUCAAUGCCACAUGAUUGGGAAAUUCUAGGCAACUUGCCAGCUUUCAAGGACUAGGCAACUCCAGAUGGUGACUAGGCAGCUUCAGAUGAUGGGGAAUCUACAAGUGACUGGACAGUUACAGGCAACUGAGCAACCCCAGAGAAUAACGAAGCAACUCUUUGGACGAUUUAUCAACUCGAGUUGACUGGGCCAUGCAAGGUGCCCGACCAGACUCAGAAAACUGUAAAACUCUCGUUGACUGGGCAACUCUCGAUGGCUGGGCAGACAUGUUGGGCAACUCCAAAUUUUCCACCAGGCAAAUAAUUUCCCAGAAUACCUGGUCUGUUAUAGUCCGGGCGCUCACCAUACCACGUUUUGUUUUUCUCUCAGUGAGAUGCUAUUUUUAUAUCACCGUCAAGAUACGAACAAAUGUACUCGAAGGCAGUGCGCCUUCCUGUGUCCCGGUAACGACCUCGAAGCGGAUAUCACAGAACUACUUCUGAGAUGUCUUCAUUCGCCUCUCGACCGCACCGGGUGGCGAUGCGCUGCCUCGCACGCCCUGCCAGGGCGCGUGCCAUCCACAUCCCAACCAAACGUUUGCGUUUCAUUCAGACCUCUGGAUCAGAACCUGACUCAAGCGAAUGACCAAAUUAACACCGUCGGCUUGUUACUGCUCAAUCAUUUGUGACCAGGCUGAGCCUGUCACCUCGCUAGACUUGUUGACCCCCCAGUAUUACUCACGCGAGGCCCAAGUCUCCAUUCGAAUCCAGGCUCUCGGCGGCGGCGGCGUCUCUGGGGGCUCUGGCCCGGCCAUUGUGAACCCACUUCGAGAGGGACGCGCCAACCCAGGGCUUGAGCCCAGCGGUGGCAGCGCUCUGACCUCUGAACCACCCAGCCAGCUUCACCAAGUUCCACUUCAUGAAAGGGGGGGCGGAAAUGCAGAUAUAUUGUACUCACCUUUAACGUUAACACUGCCUUAAGUUGUAAUAUAUUACUUUGUGGCGAGCUUAUUUCUUGACAAAAUUAUUUCACUGCUGAAAUUGACUCCAAGACCGCUUCCACGUUAUGUAUAUACAGAACAUUAUCUAUAUACUAUUAUAUAUACUAUUGUCUAAACAAUCUCUAACGUUGUCGUAAAGUGGCCCUCUCAAGGGGGCGAAGGCUGCCACAUCGCUGGUGCAAUGGUCCCCACACUGGACUCGCAACCCAGAGGUCACCGGUUCGAUUCCUUCUCGGCGCACCCAGCCCAGCGAUGUGCGCGUCGGCACGCCAGUCAGUAGAGCGGCAGGUUGCGUGGCGCGGUAAAGUGUGGUGGGGUAGAGUGUGGUGGGGUAGAGGAGUGUGGGUGGGGUAGAGCGUGGGUGGGGUAGAGCGUGGUGGGGUGAGUGCACACCAGGCGAGGGAGUUAACAUCUCCUAGCCGCCGUGACGCCCGUGUGCAGGCGGUGCAACUGCACCAGGGGCCCCUCGGCGUCGGGUUACAAAGGGGGGGGGGGGAGUUGGUGGGGGUGGUGGGGAUGGCAGUGGAGGAAUUGGGAGAGGGGCCCACGGCAGCCAGGCCUCGCCACUGCCCGACAGUGCAGUGGCGAGGCCUGUUGUUGUUGUUGUCGUUGUUUGUUGUUGUUGUUGUCCUUGACGUUGUUGGGACCCGCGGCUGAGAGGGGAGCCGCCUCACGCGGUUGGAGGGAGCGGCGGUGCUCGCUCUCGCCUUUCUAAUAAAACGAAGCACUUUUAUUUUUUGUACCUCGGGGCCGUUGCUCUACGACGCUGCGAGGAAGAUGGACAGAGGUUAAGAGGAGAUGUACAAACGGGUGCCUUGAUGACGUCCAUUCGCUGAUCAAAAGAGAGGAGAGAUCGAUUAAAGCUUACAACAGAUUAUUUAGCGGUGCUGCUGCUGCUGCGAUGGCAGCGGUGUACAAGCAAAACAAUCACACCCCGACAUAUACCAUAUGCAUAAUACUGAUAUAACAAAAACAAUAUACAUAUACAGUAUAGUAGGCCACGUGUCAGGAAAUGGUCCCUCUUCAUAGCACGUAAUGGGCUAUGAUGCACGUGCUAUGAAGAAGCGCCAUUGCCCGAAACGUCGCCUAUAAUUCGUUUUGUUCCAAGGCCGCGCAGUGGUUACUGACGAACGUGUCGAGGGUGGACUUUCUUUUGUUUGAUUAAAGCUCAAAUCUGGAGGGCUGGCAACCACCGGCGAGUUCAAGCGACCCACCUCCUCGCCCUCCUCCUCCUCCCGCACCGCGGGUCCCACUCGACGGCAGGGCCCGGCAUUGACCCGCUCGGCGUGGCGGGCCACGCGUGGAGCUGCUGCGCCGAGAGCGUGGGGGGUCCCGCUUGUCUGCGUGCGUUUGGGGGAGUAAAAGACGGACCGAGGUUGGCUUGUGUGGUAACGGUCAGGGCUAGUGCGGUCAUAGCUCGUGUCUGGAUGGCCAGUGUGGUAAUGUAGAGUGUCUGGACGGCGAGCGGGGUAGCGUCUGGUUGGCCAGUGUGGUUUGGAAUGGGGAGAGACAGGAUUUGAAUGGCUCGUUGACUCUAACCCGGUCUGCUAAACCACCCUUUAAUGAAUGAACUUGAAUAGCCACAUCCACGUUGUAAAAUUAUCGUUUUCUUGUUCGUCAUAUUACAGCUCCUUAUUUGUACAUAGAAUAAUGUAUUAAAACAGAACGGAGGUCUAUUUUUCACAAUGUUAAUUUACAACCAAUAAACAUAAAACGGCAAAACUUA